AUGCUGCGUACAGUCUUUUUAUCUUUAAUAUUAUUUGUGUCAUUAUCAUCAACAUCAUUACUUCGAAAAUCAAUUGUACGUCGACAAAAUGAACCCGAAACUUGUCACGCUAUAGAAGGUUUCGAUUGUAAAUGUACAUAUUACCGUGUAACAUGUACAAGUGAUCGUGAUUUACCAUCGUCAAUUAAAGUGUUACAAGAUGAACAACAAAAAUAUCAAUCUGUCGAAUUAGUUAUUAACGGUGAACGUGCGCAAACUGUUCAUGACUAUACAUUUGAACCGGUCAAACAAUUAUAUAAACCUGCCGCGGAUAAUUUAGAAUUUCGUAUUAAAUUUGAAAAAUUUUCCGAACUUCAUUUGUCAUCACCAAGUAUAUUCAAUAAAGUAUUUCCAGAUAAUCUACCAUCAACAGUUCGAAAAAUAAUGGCAUUAGAAGUCUAUAAUCCACUUGUUCAACCAAAUGAUAAUGCACAUUUAUUUGCUAAUUUAAAUGUUGAUUCAUUAGAAUUAUAUGUUUUAUAUCCGUUUCGUGGAACAUUUCAACAGUUGUUUAAUGGUGCCGACAUUAAAUUUUUACGUUUAAGUGGAGGCGACAUACGUUCAGAUGUAUCGCAACCAUUCACAGGAAAUAUUGGACGUUUAGAAUUAGCUAAACAAGCUUCACAAUUAUCAGUUCAAAAUUUUCCUGCUUAUCCAGCGCAUGAAUUAAUUAUCAAUGCGUUUUAUGUCACCGAUUUUACUAGUGAACAUCCACCAAAUUAUUCGAAUUUGGGUGAAGUACGCAUCUACAGUCAAGAACGUAUACCAGCCAAUGCUUUCCGAAACUAUCCAAAUUUACAUACUUUAUCAAUUACAACUGAUCAAGAAAUUGAUCCGCAUGCUUUAGACGGUUUACAUAAUUUAGAAAAAUUAACAAUUAAAGAUGCAAAGCCAUCAUUAGAACUUUUAAAUAAUCUACCUAAUGUUAAAGAAUUUGAAACAAACGUAGACAAACUUAACGAAGGAGAACAAUGUGACUUAGUUGGCAAAUUAGCAAAUGGACAAGUAGCUGUACAAGCUAUUCCUAAUGGAUAUACAUGUACAUGUGUAUCAGCUUAUUUGGAUACUGCAUCUGGUCGAUAUCCAUGUGAUGCACAGAAUUGCGAACAAUCUUCAUGUGCAGCAAUUAGAGAUAAUUUUGAUGCAGCAACACGUACAUUUAAAACGCCAUCGCCCAUAAAACGUUUAGAUGGUAGCGAUGCUUUACGGCCACGUGAACCAAAGGUAUACACUGCACCAUUUCAAGUAGCAAGUCAAGAUCAAGAAAAAUUUCGACAAGGUUCACCACAACACGCACAGCCAUCAUCUGACCAAGAAAGUGAAACAGCACAAGAAUCAGCUGAUAAGUCUCAAGACGGAAUGCCACCUGCUCAUCCAACAGUUACGGCAGGUACCGAUCAAGGUCAAGAUGGUGAUGAAGACGAUAAUUUUCAAAAAGACCAAAAUCCUCAUCAUCCAGAUUCGGCUUCACAAACCGGAGAAACAAACCAAGAAGAAGAUGGUGAAUCAGAAAAAGGCGUCACAGGUGGUGAUAAUCAACAUGGUGGACAUGGACCUCAUAAAGAAGGUGAUGGAACUCAUAGAGAAGGUGAUGGAACCCAUAGAGAAGGUGAUGGAACUCAUAAAGAAGGUGAUGGAAAUGAAGCUUCUAAAGAUGGAGAAGGAGGUCAAGAACAUGGUUCACACUCAGAUUCAGAUCAAUCCGCAGAUGCAGCUGCCACUGCUGAUGAUACUAAUACUCAACCCACUAAGAAAGGAUUUAGUUGGUUACCGAUAAUAAUCAUCGUCGCAGCAAUCGUUGCACUUCUUCUCAUCGGUUUGAUUAUCUUAAUUAUACGAAAACGACGUAGCGGUGCAGGAUAUAACCCAACACCUACUUCAGAGCAUGCCGGAGGUACAACAGCCAAAGCAUAA